UAAAGUAUGGAACAGCUGUUCAAAGACUUUUCGUUUUGUUAAAAAGAAGUUCGUUUCGUCAAAAAAGUACGAAACAUUGAUGAAGUAAAAUAAUACUCUAGCGGCUGGCCUGGUUGGACGUAAUCAAAAUUAAUUUACUUCCUGAAGUACAUUGACUAAGAUGACCGACACGGACUCGGAGAAAAAUAGUGGAGAACCUACACCAUCGCCUUACGACGCAUCAUGGAUACAGUCUUCCCUUUUUACGCUUUCACACAUAAAAUCACCAACUGUACUGCUAGUCGGUGAACCAGCAUUACGUAUAGUUUGUGAACCAAUUAGUAAGGAGGAUAUUAACGAUGAAACGUUCCUGGUGGACAAGUAUCGUCUACAUCGUGCAUUAUUCGAUUUUCGAGCAAAAAAUGGAUUUGGACGAUCCAUUGCCGCUCCGCAGAUCGGUGUUAAUCAGCGAUUUUUAGCCAUCAACAUGGGCAAAGGUCCGUUUACUUUAAUCAAUCCGACCAUCAUAUACAAAUCAGCCGAGUUAAUAUCUCUGUGGGAUGAUUGUAUGAGUUUUCCUUUCAUUAUGGUGCGGAAACAACGGCAUGCCAGUGUUGGUGUGAAAUUUGUAGACGAUCAAGGGAAGGAACACAUUUGGGAGAAUUUGGAUACAGCCACAUCUGAACUUCUUCAACAUGAAAUUGAUCAUCUUGAUGGCAUUUUGGCACUGGAUGAACCGUUCGGUAAAGAUGGCAUCGUCAGUAGAGAGGUAUACGAAAGGAACAGAGAAUGCUUUGACAAACAAGUCGAUUAUGUAAUUGAGUCCACAAUUUGAAGAUUUUCUUUUUGCUUUAAUAAAUGC